AUGUGCAGCCCGGGGCGGGCGCCGCCUGGGCCGGCCCCGGCGGGGGACCUGCCGCCCGAGUGGGAAACGGACGACGAGCGUAUGGCUUUCCUCUUCUCGGCUUUCAAGCAGAGCCGUGAGGUGAACAGCACCGAGUGGGACAGCAAGAUGGCCUUCUGGGUCGGGCUGGUGCUGGCCCGCGGCCGUCGCCGGGGUGUCGUGCGGACCUGCCUGCGAGAGCUGCAGCACAGCUUCGAACGGCGCGGCAGCCUCCCGCUGGGCCUCGGCACUGUCCUCCGGGAGCUCCUCAGACGUGGCAAGCUGCAGAGGGAGUCAGACUUCAUGGCCAGUGUAGACAGCAGCUGGAUCUCCUGGGGUGUGGGAGUCUUCAUUCUGAAGCCCCUCAAGUGGACUCUCUCCAGUGUGCUGGGUGACAGUAAGAUACCUGAGGAAGAGGAAGUCCUGAUUUAUGUGGAGCUGCUGCAGGAGAAGGCAGAGGAGGUUUAUCGUCUCUACCAGAACUCGGCGCUCUCUUCCCACCCGGUUGUUGCCCUCUCUGAGCUGCGUUCCCUCUGUGCCACAGUCUGUCCAGAUGAGAGGACCUUCUACUUGCUGCUCCUCCAGCUGCAAAAGGAGAAGAGGGUCACCAUCCUGGAACAGAAUGGAGAGAAGAUAGUGAAGUUUGCCCGAGGUCUUCAUGCCAAAGUCUCCCCCAUGAAUGAUGUGGACAUUGGAGUCUAUCAGCUGAUGCAGAGUGAACAGCUGCUGUCACAGAAGGUGGAGUCCCUUUCCCAGGAAGCAGAGAAGUGUAAAGAGGAUGCCCGGAGUGCUUGCAGAGCUGGGAAAAAGCAGUUGGCACUGAGGUGUUUGAAGUCCAAGCGGAGGACGGAGAGGCGAAUCGAAGAGCUUCACUCCAAGCUGGAUGCAGUGCAGGGCAUCUUGGAUCGGAUCUACGCCUCCCAGACUGACCAGAUGGUAUUUAAUGCCUAUCAGGCUGGUAUGGGAGCUCUGAAGCUUUCCAUGAAGGAUGUUACUGUGGAGAAGGCAGAGAACCUGGUGGAUCAGAUCCAAGAGCUUUGUGAUACUCAAGAUGAAGUAGCCCAGACUCUGGCUGGAGUGGGGGUCAAUGGUCUAGAGAUGGACACAGAGGAACUGGAGAAGGAGCUGGACAGUCUCCUCCAGGACUCAACUAAGGAGCCUGUAGAUCUGCCUGCUGUUCCUCAGAAGGUGCUGAACCCACCCAUUUCUGAUGCUGAGCUUGAAGCUGAGUUGGAAAAGCUCUCUGUGUCUGAUGGAGAUUUGGCACAAAAGACUCCCUCUGCUUCCUCUGAACCCAAACCAGCUCUGGGACUGAAUCUCUAAAGACCCAACAGUAUCCUGGUGCUGCAGUUUGAGAAGUUGGCCUAAAGGUCACCUUUUUAUUCAGCCUGUGCACGUGGAGGAGGAGCAGGAAGCCUGAGAUGAAGCAAUGGAUCCUUCCAGGAGGGGAAUGUGCUCUUAAUUUGGCUUUCUGCACCCACACACCACACACACACAGACAGAGCCUGUGCCUGGCAGGGGAGUGACUGGCUGGGGGGUGGUGGUGCUGCUGUAACCAGUCCUCCUGACCCUGGAAUGUAGCCCUCUCAACAUUUCUGCCCCUCUUACCAUUUCUCCCCUGCCUCCUUCCCCUCCACUGCUCCAGCCCUGUGGAUGUGGAGGUGAGGGGCAGCCUGGGGUGAAAAAUAAUCAACUAAGGGCUGGAGUUGCCAGGUCUUGGUCAUGAGUGGUGCUCCAGGUCUUGGUCAUGAGUGGUGCUCCAGCUCUUAAGCCCAGAGGGGCAGGGAACAAUGCACUGGGUUGCUGGGGUUGGCCCUGGCUUCAUUGUGGCUUUGGCCCAGAGUGCAGAUUCCUGCCAGGAAUUUCCUGCAGCAGUUCCCUCCCCCCCCCCACCCCCAGCUGCAGGUGGAGCUGUGUGAGGUGACUUGAAGCUUUCCCUUUGUAAAGUGAAAGGGGAGAAAAACCUCUGUGUUUUCUGCCUGUCUGUAAUAAAGGGGAGGAACCAGACUCCCUUGGGGUGCCUCCUUGGUUUGUUUUUGGGUUUCUUGUUUGUUUGUUUUCUUCU